AUGAAUAACUUCACUUUUUAUAAUCCAGUUAGAUUGGUUUAUGGAAAAGGUAGUUGUGAAGAAAUUGUUAAACAGCACCUUAUUCCUGAAGGUGCUAGAAUUAUGAUGACAUAUGGUGGUGGGUCAAUUAAAAAAAAUGGAAUUUAUGAAGAGGUAUUAAAAUAUGUUAAACCAUUAAUAGAGUUUGGAGGAAUAGAACCAAACCCAUCACAUGAAACUUGUACUAAAGCAAUUAAACUUGCUAAAGAAAAUAAUAUUAAUUUUUUCCUUGCUGUAGGAGGAGGAUCAGUUAUAGAUGCUACUAAAUACAUUGCACUUGCUAUGGAACAUACAUACUCAAAUGAUACAUAUGAUAUAUUAAUGAAAGCUGGUACAUUUAAAUAUAACCCAGCUAAAGCAAAAAUUGGUGUCAUUUUAACAAUCCCAGCUACUGGAUCAGAAAUGAAUCCAGGAUUUGUGAUUUCACGUCAUUCUUCUAAUGACAAACGAGCAGCUGAAGAUGAUAGUUGUUAUCCUCUCUUUGCUAUUGUUGAUCCAUGUCAUUCAUUUACCUUACCAGACAACCAAAUUAGAAAUGGGUUAAUUGAUGCAUUUGUUCAUGUUUAUGAACAGUACAUUGGACAUUAUCAAAAAAAUCCUGUAAUUGAUGGAGAAUGUGAAGCAGUUAUGAAGAGUAUUAUUAAAGUUGCACCAAUAACAUUAAAAAAUCAUUAUGAUUAUCAAACACGAGCUACUUUUUGUUAUGCUGCUACAGUAGCUUUAAACUAUUCUUUGACAUGUGGUAUUGAUCAAUGUUGGGGAGCCCAUAGAAUUGGACAUGAAAUUACAGCAUAUUAUGGACUUGCACAUGGAGAAACAUUAGCAAUGGCUAUGCCAGGAGUAAUGAAAUUUCAUAAAGAAAAGAAUAGACAAAAGUUAAUUCAAAUGGCUGAACAAGUUUUUGGAAUUAAAAACGCACAACCAGAAGAUGCUAUCACUGCUUCAGAACAAUUUUUUAAAUCUAUUGGAGCAAAAACAAGACUAUCAGAAUGGGGAUUUGGUAAAGAACAUUUUAAAGAAAUUUCUGAUAAAUUUGAUUCUAGACCAUGUGGAGUUUAUAAAGAUAUUGAUACUAAAGGUUGUCUUACUAUUUUAGACACUCUUUAUUAA